UCAAUUUUGAAAACGCCGUGACUAAUUUGUCCGAGCUUGCGAAUUUUGAUUUAUUUGCAUUCUAAAUUCUUAUUUAAUCAUUCCCAAAGAUUUGUGAUAUCAACUGCACGUCCCAGUAGAUCCUAGUCAAGGAUAUAAGAGAUGGCUGAUUUUGUCAAAGUUAAUGUAUCCAACUCGCAUAACGAUGCCGUCGCAUUCGAGGUGAAGCUUGCCAAAGACUUGACCAUCGAUGCUCUAAAGAGUAAGCUGGAAAUAUUGACGGGAGGCAGUGCUGGCACGAUGAAAGUAGAAGUGUUCAAGGGCGACAAGUGCUUGGGCAGCCUGGACAACAACGAUGCCCAGCUGGGAUACUAUGUAAAUUGCGAUGGCCUUCGCCUUCACGUCAUCGAUACCUUCGCCAGCUUCUGCUUUGACGCCCCCGUUGAGAAGUUCGAGCUGAGCAAAGACCAGUACGACCAAAGGUCCGACUCUGUGCGGAAUUACCUGAAACAAAAUCGCCUGGGGAAGUACAACGAGGAGGAAAUGCAGCAAAUUGAGGAAAAGAAGCGUCAGCAAGCGGAAGAGGUGCAAAGGCAGGCCGAGCUUUGUGUCCUUGAUAAACGAUGCGAGGUGACUGUGCAGGGCAAUCCAAGACGCCGUGGUACGAUCAAGUACAAUGGACCCCUUGAGGGAAAGAGUGGUACAUUCAUUGGAAUACAAUAUGAUGAACCACUGGGAAAGAAUAAUGGAAGUGUCAACGGAAAAGUGUACUUUGUGUGCCCUCCAAACUAUGGUGGCUUCGUCUCGCCGUUAUCCGUGACUGUGGGCGAUUUCCCCCCAGAAGACUUCAACCUUGAUGAAGAACUCUGAACAUUUUUCCAUCCAACUAUCCAGACUCGCAUCGCACAUCUCACACUUUAAAUGAAAGACUUAACAAAAACCUAACUUUAGUUAUGCCAUUUUAUAUUUAUUAAUUAAAACAUCUAUGUAUGUAUAUCAGAUAAUCUUACAACAUGAUUAUUUGUAAAUUCUAUAA